AUGUCUCUCUUCAGGGCAUUGAAGAAAACCUGCUCAGUAAUCAAAAAGAGCCUCUUCUCUAGAGAAACGACUGAAGCAGUGAGAAUGGAAACCACAAAGAUCAAUAUGUCCCGUGUCCCGCUGGUUAAUGGAGGCAUCGACACUGCCAUGCUCAAGGCACACAAACCUCGUGUGAUGUCCAAAAGCGGUCACAGCAAUGUACGGAUAGACAAAGUCGAUGGCAUUUACCUACUCUACCUUCAAGAUUUGUGGACUACAGUUAUAGACAUGAAGUGGAGGUACAAACUCACCUUAUUUGCUGCUACUUUUGUUAUGACCUGGUUCCUCUUUGGAGUUAUCUACUAUGCCAUUGCAUUCCUUCAUGGUGAUUUAGAAAUAAACACGUUCACCCCAAAGCACGAGCCAUGUGUCAAGAAUGUAGACUCUCUAACUGGGGCAUUCCUCUUCUCCCUGGAGUCACAGACAACCAUUGGCUAUGGAUUUCGUUUCAUUACAGAGGAGUGUCCUCAUGCCAUUUUCUUACUUGUGGCCCAACUGGUCAUCACCACCUUGAUUGAAAUCUUCAUCACAGGUACCUUUCUGGCCAAAAUUGCAAGACCUAAAAAAAGGGCAGAGACUAUUAAAUUCAGCCACUGUGCUGUCAUUACUAAACACAAUGGAGAACUUUGCCUGGUGAUCAGAGUAGCAAAUAUGAGGAAGAGCCUUCUGAUACAGUGUCAGCUGUCUGGGAAGCUUCUUCAGACAUAUGAAAUUAAAGAAGGGGAGCGGAUCCUGCUGAAUCAAGCCAGUGUCAAGUUCAAUGUUGACUCCUCUUCAGAAAGUCCAUUUCUCAUUUUGCCUUUAACCUUCUACCAUAUUUUGGAUGAAAGCAGCCCUUUGAGAGAUCUCACACCUCAAAAUCUCAAGGAGAAGGACUUCGAGCUUGUGGUGCUCCUGAACGCCACAGUGGAGUCCACCAGUGCUGUCUGCCAAAGCAGGACUUCUUACAUCCCCGAGGAGAUCCACUGGGGCUACGAGUUCGUGCCUGUGGUUUCUCUCUCUCCAAAUGGAAAGUACGUCGCGGAUUUCAGUCAGUUUGAGAAGAUUAGAAGAAGCACAGAUUCCACUUUUUAUAGUAUGGACUCUGAAAAACAAAAACUAGAGGAGAAAUACAGGCAGGAGGAUCAAAGAGAGAGGGAACUGAGAACGAUGUUGUUACAGCAGAGCAAUGUUUGA